AUGGCACUCAAGACAGGGCUACUAACAUAUCGAUGCCCUAGAAAAUACUUGGCCACAUCAAUGCCAGCCAAAAAUAUACGACUUAACCCUAACCAGUGGAAGCUAAUCCCACAAUCUGCAUCCACAUGGCAAGACAAAUUUUAUAGUCCUGAAAUUAACAACGUCUAUGUGAAAAUUUUGCGUUCUAAAUGGUCACUGCACACUUGUACAGUUAUUGAUGGCUAA